AUGUACGUCGGGAAGACCGAGCUCACCAUCGAAAAGCUUGAGAAAGCCACGAAAGAACUCAAAGUCAGACUCAACGUCGCCAUGGAUUACAUGGAUGAUGCUCUACGCAAUGGCUGGUCACUGAAGCGGCUGGCACUAUUAUGGAUUGAGGAUGGGCUAGUGUACAUUGGCCGUGCGGACGAGGUUAUUGACAAGUACAAGAAUCAUCAGAGGGAUGAUUCCACUGCAAGCGAUCUUCUUCAUUGCCCCUGCGAAACCCUGUCGAGGCGCACGCUCAACAGCAGGGCAAUACUGAGGCUGAACGACAUCCUUGACCACACGGACGCAGGCAAGAAAUAUCACGCGGAGGAGGAGGGUGGCAUGGAGGCUGUGGCGACAAAAGGGCAGAGAGGAGCCGGUGCCAUCCGAAGUGAUGAUUGCGACUUGGAAGAGAGGUUUGCCAGGCUCGUAUCUCCACCGGUUUCAGUUUCACAGGGCUUGCGUAACGAGCCAACAACCUUCGCCGUGCCACCUGCAGAUGGUUACUACGCCGGGGCACCAUCGCCAGUGGUCAACGGCCAUCACCAACGUGAGUCUCUGGCACCAAGCGACAUCCAAAAGAUGAAGCUAAGUGGCUUGGCAAAGUACCAUGCUUUCCCACGGGCCGAAAGCCUUCCGUGCGUUCCAGUGAUGAUACGAGUAAACGCCCCCGCGCACACUCGCCGAUCUCGCGCCGCCAUUGACGUCGUCAUGGUGUUGGAUGCCAAUGCGCGCAUGAAGGUUGACGGCAAGUUCGAUCAGCUGAAGCAGGGCUGCAUGUUCGUUAUCCUCAACCUGGACGUAAGGGACCGGCUUUCCAUUGUGACGUUCGGGAUGAAGAAACAAGAGUUCACGCUCAAAAGCAUGUCGGCCGACGGGAAGACAUUGGCCAACAAGUUCGUCCGCCGUCUGAAAGCUCAUGCUUAUGGAGAAAAAAGAACCGAAGCCAACGAGGCCAUGGACCGAGCAUAUGAGAUUCUUGGUGAGCCAGAUGGAAAUCCUGUGAGAAGCGUUCUGCUCCUCGCCGAUGGACAGGACGAAACAAUAUUCGAGGAAAGCUUGAAAUCCACAGAAGUUCUUCUAAAGAGGCACAAAUACCCUACCUACACCUUCGGCUUCGGUCGGGACCACGACCCACGCACGCUGUAUUACCUUGCAACCAGCGGAUACGGCACCUACUCCUUCGUCACCGAGAGCAGGAGCAUCCGGGACGCCAUGGCGCUCUGCAUCGGCGGUCUGACGUCCAUCGUCGCACAGGACGUGAAGGUCACUAUCCGUUCGGCGCAUGAAGACGUGCAGAUACAAGCCAUCAUGUCCGGAGGCCACGUCUGUCGUCGUCGUCGCGUGGCAUCCGGGGGCAUAUCACCAGGGUUUACUAUUGAUGUCAUAGAUCUCUACGCAAGCGAGGAGAAGAAGUUCAUCGUCUACGUGAACGUCCCGCGGGAGGAAGCAGCUGCCGCCAUUUUCCCCGCCGGGACACCGAAGACCAAGCUCUUGGCCGUAACGGCGACGUACUACUGUCCCCUCACCAGGACUGCCGUGAGCACGGACACGGUGGAGGUGUCCGUGGAGAGGCCCAGAAAGCUUCCGGCCACAGAUCGCGGCAUGUCCGUCGACGUCGAGGUGGUCGGCGAGCUUAUUAGAGCCCACAUGUUCAACCGCGUCGAGAAGGUAUGGCUCGAGAGCACACCGUGUACCUCGUACAUGAAUCUGCGUGUGCCGUGCAAGAAGCUGCGGAGGCAACUUACCAAACUGCAGAAGUCCAUCGGCAGCUCUCAGAUGGCUCGUGAAGCCAGGGAAAGAUGGGACGACCUUGCCACGGAUCUGGAGAACAUGAAGGAUAUAUCCAACAUUGGUCGCUUCUCCAUUGACUCGACAGGGGAAGCUUGUCUCUCCCCCAGCCCCAGGAUCACAGGGCUGCCGUACAUGCUCUCGUGGCUGAGCUCGCACCGGUGGCAACGUGCAGCGACUCCAGGUUCCAGCUCCAAGAGCCGGCGGUUCAAUUUCAGGACUACCCGGAUGCAGAACAUGAUCGAUUCUGUGGAUAUCGCACCCAUAGCCUUAUAG